AUGUCACCACUUUGUGGAGUCCGCCACUGGUAUAAAAAGCUGAUUUCAAUCAACCAUGGCCAUUUGAAAUUUGACGAGUCCUCUCAAGACUUCUACAUUCUUCAAUUAAAGCUUCAUUUUUUGAGAGCUCCGAGCUUCUUCAUGGAGCUGUUUCAUUUCAAGUUCGUUGUCUUUUUCUUAGUGCUUCUCUAUUUGGAGCUUUUCUUGAUCAUGUGUGAUGCUGCUGGUCGAUGCCUUGAAGUAGAGAAUUCAGCACUUCUGCAGCUAAAUAAAGGUUUUAUCACUGGAAAUCUAGACUCAUGGCAGGUGGGAACGGAUUGCUGCUUCUGGGAGGGCGUGAUAUGUGAAGAAUAUGGAAGGAUCGUUAAGCUCAACCUAAGGUUUAGACACAUUGCUGGUAGAAUUGAUCCUAGUCUCUUCAAUCUCACAUCUUUAGACAUUCUCAUUCUUGCCGAAAAUAACUUCGAUGGAAUUCCCAUUCCGGACUUUGGAUGGGACAGGCUUGUAAAUCUUUCAAGCCUUGAUCUUUCUUAUGCUGGAUUUGUUGGAAAGGUUCCUGUUAGUAUCUCUCGCUUGAAAAAUUUGACUUUCCUCAACCUCUCCUGCAAUUAUAAGCAUUCUCUAGCUAUUAAUCCGAUGAUUUUGCAGAACAUGAGCAGUCUGAAAGUGCUUAUUCUUAAUUAUGUUAAUGUAUCAUCAUAUCGGGAUGAAUGGUGUCGUGUUCUAGUCAAUUCAACCCCUGUUCUUGAGUCGUUGAGCAUGUAUAGUUGCUCCCUCUUCGGGAAUUUACCUGAUGCAAUAGGCAACCUAAAGUUUUUAGAAUAUUUAGACCUCUCAAAUUGUCAAUUCUAUGGUACAAUGCCAUCUUCCAUUUGGAAUCUAUCAGAGCUCGAGCACUUGGAUUUAUCAUAUAACAAGUUUAAUAGAAUUGCGGGGUUGGAGUUCCCCUCCAAUACCAUUUCACAAUCUCAUUUAUUUUGGCUUUCUCUUGCAAAUAAUAACCUGACUGGAGAAAUCACACCAUUCAUCUGCAACUUAGCCCUACUCACGAUUCUUAUUUUAUCUAACAACAAGCUAACUGAUUUCUCCAACAAUAAUUUUGAAGGAGAGAUCCCUUCAAUUAUUGGGCAACUUGUCUCUCUCCAAGUACUAAACAUUUCACAAAACUAUUUGAUGGGUGAAAUUCCUAUUAAUUUAGGAAAUUUGGUACAGCUCGAGUCAUUAGAUCUUUCAAAGAAUUACCUUUCUGGUAAAAUUCCACAGAACUUUGUUUCUUUACAUUUCUUGUCAUAUUUAAACCUCUCCUACAAUAAGGCAUCCUCUGGUGCGAGCGUUUCUGGCCCUCCAGGCCGGCCGUUCUUGGAGUUUUCGAUGAUGACUCUGUCGUCAUCUAACCAGCCUCCUUCUUCUUUUGAAGAGAAAACACGCUCCUUUAAGGCUGCUGCUCUUGCAGGUGUCUCUUUGUUUUCUUCCAAACGUAAAUUUGUUCAAUCCUCGUUUAAGGGCUUCCCUGCCCUUAUUUUUGAGGAUUCGGUUGUUGAGCAGCUAGCUGCUCCGUAUGCUUUAACCUUGGUUGGUAAGUUUGUCCUUAGAAGGACUAAUCUUGAUGUGAUACAAAAAUUUUUUGUGAACCUUAAACUUUCCGGCUCUUUUCAUGUGGGUUUACUCGAUCAAAGGCAUGUUGCUAUCCAAUUGGCUAAUGAUCUUGACUAUAGUCGGAUUUUUGCUAGGCAUUUAUACUAUAUCCAGGCUUGUCAAAUGCAUAUUUUGAAAUGGACUCCAAAUUUUGAUGUUAGGGAAGAAUCUCCAAUUGCUCCUACAGACCAAGCCACUGCUUCCAUGUCUCGACCAUCUGUGGCAAGGGUUCUGGUUGAGUUGGAUGUUUCGAAUGAAGUUUGGAUUGGUUCUGAAAUGAAAGGCUAUUUUCAGAAAGUGGAGUUUGAAAAUUUGCCUAUAUUUUGCACUUUUUGCAAAAUGCAUGGGCAUGCGGUGAAUUAA